UAAAUGUCUUUUCCUAUAUUUUCCUAUAGGAAGAGCGCGAGCGUCAAAUCACGAUGGUUCGUGAGCGAAUCGCGCGUGUUCGCUAUGAGCGCACGAUGACAAUGCGAGAACCGAAGGACGAGAAAGCCCAGGGAUUCGAGAGUCUUCUGACAGAAGAGGAGAAGGCGGGACUCAGUGAAGAGGAAAAAAUGAAACGAAUAGCUGCAAAAAUGGAAGAGAAAUUCAAGAGUGAACAGCGCCGGGCGUCAACAGUUGCAGCGCUAGCUCCUCCGGGCCAAUCUCUGAGUGCCAGCUCAGCCGAGGCCUCGGAAGACGAAAACGCUCAUGCGGAACGCUCGUCCCAGAUCCUGGACGAAAAGAGCCGACAAAAGAAACUGAAAGAACGUAUGGCCUCGCGCAAGAGGGAAAGACGGAGAUCUGUCGCACCACCCCCCUCAGACGACGCUGGGGCCACGGGUGGGGCUGAUUAAUACAGGACCUGGUCGUAAUGCCUGGAUCGGCCCCUGCGGUGGCAAGACCACGACGCACCAGAAGACAACAUAUUUAUUUGUAGGAUUAUUUAUUGUUUUUAAGCCUAGUGUAAGCAUGCCAAGAAUGAACAUUCGUCUGAAUAGUUUUGUAAAUAGCUUUUUUUUUCAGUUAAAAAAGUUUAGAGACAUCCGUUAAGCAAAAUUCGUAUAUUCAAUUUCGUAUUGGCCGCUUUUGAAAGGAUAAAAGCGUUGUAGACUGAGGCCCAGUCCACACUACGCAGAAGAAAUUUCAAAACGUUGCUUUAUUUCUACGGUAGGCCUACCGUCCACACUAACCCGUCACCAAACGGAGCUUUUCCAAAUCGCUCUUCAAACCGGAGGAAUGUGAAAACGCCGGUUUUGCGUUUUAGCGUGGGGGAAAAAACAUUUUGAAAACGGAGCUAUUCGGAAACGAUUACAUCACGAUGAUGUGAUUUUAGUGACCGAGUUUUCUUCGAGCACGAAUUCAAAAUGAGCGAUGAUUGCUGCGUUUUCAAAUUUCUCUGGCAUAGUGUGGACGCCGGGGGCUUAAGGGUCUGGAUGGUGUUUAUUUGACAGCUGAGAACUGGCUUAAACUGUAACUGUCAGCUGACACAUGGAGUAACUUUGGAAAGUUGUUAUAAAAGCACUUAAGAGGUGACACAAACUUACAGAACACAAAUCGUAAAAUGUUUCUUGUUUUCAGACAGCAUUUUUUGUGAUAUUUAUGGUGUUGAAAAUGACGGAAUUAUUUUUGUAGUAAACGCAAUAAGCAUGAUUUUCUUAUUAAAAGCAAUUACUGUCA